AAUAUUAUCAUUUUGUUUCAGAUUUAAUGUCUUAAAGUUUUUAGCGGUUCAUUUUUUUAAAAAUAAUAAAUUAGGUUAUUAAUUAGAAUUAGGAAUGGAUGCAGUAAACAGUGCAAUAAUAAACAACGACAGUUCGCAGCAACAUUUGCCAGACGGAAGUCCGCCGCAAUCUGAAGCUGAAGUUGACGUUGAACCCGAAGAUGUUCGCAAUAUUUCGAUGACGUCAUCAGCGUCCUCUCGCGUAAACAACUUGGCAUCAAGAUCACAAAGGCGCAGUCACGUGGAAACGGAUUACAACAUACGGCCAAUGGAGUUCAGAGGUUUUUCUCCGGGCACACAACGGAGGCAUUCACGCCAAUAUGGAAGAACAUCUCAGCCACCGGGAUUUGACGCAAGUAUUCCAGAGAUUACAAUCGGACCGGAACAUCUUCAUACAAUUUUAACAGUGAGCGGCAGUGGAAUCCGCAAUGGCACCUACAGACAUGACAAUGACGAAGACUGCAAUGAAAAUGACGACACGAGCAGUACUUCGGACUCUACCGUAGUGAAAGACCCGACAACUUUCGACGACGAUUCGCGACUCAUCGGGGAUUCUGCGAACUUCUUUGGAGGAAUCGAGCUGCAUAGGUCCUACAAUGACAAUUCUCUUAUCGGAGGCAGGACUUCGUUUUUGGGCGCUGUUUUUAUUGUUUGCAAUGCGGCACUGGGAAUCGGAGUGGUGAAUAUUCCGCAUGCUUUACUCACCAUUGGAGGUCUCUAUUCGGCUCUUUUCACCCAAUGUGUAGUGGUGUGCAUCGUGAUGUCGACUCUGUUCCUGUUGGGCUACUGUGCGGAGAGGUGUCAGGUGUCCUCAUUCGAGUGUGUCGUUGGGACUCUGUGGGGUCCCAAACUGAAGUUCCUAGUGGAGCUCAUCAUCGUCCUUAAUGGGUUCCUGUCCUGCAUCAUGUUUCUCAUUAUCGCAGGAGACCAGCUGCCACAUGUGCUGUUGCUUCUGGACCCGAGCAAGAGUCCUACUUAUUUCCGGGAGCUAUCAGUGGUAUUGUCUUCCCUGCUUAUUCUGCCACUCUGCAUACCGAAGGACAUCGCAUACCUCUCAUACCCUGGACUAGUGUCGGUAGUAGCUGUGAUCUACUUGCCUGUUGCAAUCAUCAUCCGCUACUUCAAGCCAGACGCACCGAAGAGAGAAGACAGGUUUGACGAUAUCUCCUUCUCCUGGAUGGGUCUCUUGCACUCGUUUCCCACUCUCGUGUUGGCCUAUCAGUGUCACUUAAGCUGUGUGCCCUGCUAUGCCAGUCUACGCAACAGGUCAAUGACUAGAUGGGCAACCAUCAUCACAAUUGCUCUACUUAUUGUCUCCGGAAUCUACGCUUCAGUCGGUUUCUUCGGGUUCAUGACAUUCGGAAAUAUGACGAAGAGCGACGUCUUAUUGAACUACGAGUCCAAGGAUGACAUAAUGAUCUUUGCCCGACUCACCCUCUUCUGCUCGGUUAUUUUUUCCUACCCCAGCAUGCACUACGUCUCAAGGUCUGCAUAUCAGAGUAUGUUCAAAUGUCGAGGUAAUCCGGACUCGCCCUUCAAUGCUUUCUUCACUCCAGCCUGGCUCCUGGGCUCACUCUCUGCCAGCCUGUUCAUACCCGAAAUUGGAUUUGUCAUAAAUAGAUUCGGACCAGUCGCCGCCUUCUUCAUACUAGGCUUUCCAGGUCUGUGCCUGAUCCAACUGUCUCGUCAACACUCACGAAUGUGGAUUUUCUCAGCCGCAGUUGGAAUAAUAUACUGCAUUCUGUGCGUAAUGGUGCUCGCUUGCUCUUUUCUCUCUUUCUAUCCCAAGUAAACUAUUCUCCUAAAAAGAAAUGAGUGUUAGAUCGGUCCCCAAGACAAAUCAAAUAUGAAUGUUAGAUGCAUGAGCAUGGGUUUUAAAAAAUGAAAUUUAUUGCUAAUAAAAAUCACAAUAGGUUUUAGAUUAAAAGCGGGGUUUUUACAUAAGAGAUUCUGCACUCUUGAACUCUCAAGUUUAAAUUAUAGAAGAAAAAGCAAAUGAAGUCAUUUUUCGGAAGGUGCUGAAUUUUACGGAACCAUCUGCCAUAUAUGGACCACGAGCUAAAAUAUUUUAACGCGUAUAGACUACGCAAUUGAACUUAAACAAAAUCUUUUCAGAAGAAACUGAAGUUUUCGGUACCAGCUGCCAUAAUUGUACCUCAAAAAUUGACUAUACAAUAUUUUCAUGGCCAAAUAUUCAGUGCAGUAUGUUUAGUUAGUUAUUUAAUUUAGCUAGAGCAAGAACAAUUAUUUAAGGUUAGUGCUGUUGGCGAAAUUAGUGCUCAUAUCACAUUUUCUUUCGGAUUAGCCCACAUUGUAAAACCAUUUAUUUUUUCCUGUAGUUAAAUUUACAAGGUAUGUUUUAGAUAGCAAUAAUCGUGUAUUUUUAUCAGGCUAUUUUAUUAUUGUAGAAAAUUGAUUUUGAGUACAG